AUGAAGAGUGAGCUCAACAGGAAUUUCUCAGAGGUGACUGAGUUUAUUCUAUUGGGAUUCAGAACCAUUCCAGAACUACAGGUCCUCUUAUUUCUAGUGUUCUUGCUAAUCUACAUACUCAUUCUGGUUGGAAACAUCAGCAUGAUAAUUGUCAUUAAGAAGGACUCCAGACUUCACACCCCUAUGUAUUUCUUCCUUAGAAACUUGUCCUACUUAGACCUCUGCUAUUCCACAGUCAUUGCUCCUAAAGCUCUGGCUAACUUCAUGUCCAAAGAAAAGAAAAUCUCUUACAAUUCUUGUGCAGCCCAAUUUUUCUUCUUUGCACUCUUUGUUACUACAGAAUGCUUUCUUCUGGCUGUAAUGGCAUUUGAUCGCUUCUCAGCCAUUUGCUCUCCUCUCCUCUAUCCUAUACACAUGUCCCAGAAGAUUUGUAUCCGCUUGGUUACUGGAUCCUAUGUCUGUGGAGUCAUUAAUUCCAUGGUCCAAACAGGUUUCACCUUCAGCUUGCAUUUUUGUGAGGAAAACCAACUGGAUCACUUUUUCUGUGAUGUUUCAGCUCUGAUUGAGAUCUCCUGUGUUGAUACCUUCAUGAAUGAGAUUGUACUGUUUGUUCUCUCUGCUUUUAUUGUCAUCUCUACCACAGUGGCCAUUCUGAUAUCUUAUGCUUAUAUUCUCUCUACUGUCUUGAAGAUUCCUUCAACUCAGGGCAGGAAUAAGACCUUCUCCACCUGUGGCUCCCACAUAGCAGCGGUGAGUUUAUUUUAUGGGACUGUUUUCUUCACUUAUGCUCAACCUGGAGCCAUGUCUUCACCACAGCAAAGCAAAAUUGUUGCUGUGUUUUACACACUUGUGAUACCAAUGCUUAAUCCUCUAAUAUAUAGUCUGAGAAACAGAGAUGUGAAAGAUGCUGUGAAAAGAAUAUUAUGUAAAAAAGUAUUCUGUCACUGA